AUGGUCUGUAAAUCUGUCAUCUUUCCACUUCCUCCUCUCUCCCUGUCCUCCUCCUGUGUGCUCCUCCUGUGUGCUCCUCCUGUGUGCUCCUCCUGUGUGCUCCUCCUGUGUGCUCCUCCUGUGUCCUCCUCCUGUGUGCUCCUCCUGUGUGCUCCUCCUGUGUGCUCCUCCUGUGUCCUCCUCCUGUGUGCUCCUCCUGUGUCCUCCUCCUGUGUGCUCCUCCUGUGUGCUCCUCCUGUGUGCCCCUCCUGUGUGCUCCUCCUGUGCCCUCCUCCUGUGUCCUCCUCAUGUGUGCUCCUCCUGUGUGCUCCUCCUGUGUGCUCCUCCUGUGUGCUCCUCCUCUCUCCUCCUGUGUGCUCCUCCUGUGUCCUCCUCCUGUGUCCUCCUCCUGUGUGCUCCUCCUGUGUCCUCCUCCUGUGUGCUCCUCCUGUGUGCUCCUCCUGUGUGCUCCUCCUGUGUGCCCCUCCUGUGUGCUCCUCCUGUGUGCUCCUCUCUCCUCCUCCUGUGUCCUCCUCCUGUGUGCUCCUCCUGUGUGCUCCUCCUGUGUGCUCCUCCUGUGUGCCCCUCCUCUCUCCUCCUCCUGUGUGCUCCUCCUGUGUGCUCCUCCUGUGUGCCCCUCCUGUGUGCUCCUCCUCUCUCCCUGUCCUCCUCCUGUCUCCUCCUCCUGUGUCCUCCUCCUGUGUCCUCCUCCUGUGUCCUCCUCCUGUGUGCUCCUCCUGUGUCCUCCUCCUGUGUGCCCCUCCUGUGUGCUCCUCCUCUCUCCCUGUCCUCCUCCUGUGUCCUCCUCCUGUGUCCUCCUCCUGUGUGCUCCUCCUGUGUGCUCCUCCUGUGUGCUCCUCCUGUGUGCCCCUCCUGUGUGCUCCUCCUGUGUGCUCCUCCUGUGUGCUACUCCUGUGUCCUCCUCCUGUGUGCUCCUCCUGUGUGCUCCUCCUGUGUGCUCCCCCUGUGUGCUCCUCCUGUGUGCUCCUCCUGUGUCCUCCUCCUGUGUGCUCCUCCUGUGUGCCCCUCCUCUCUCCUCCUCCUGUGUGCUCCUCCUGUGUGCUCCUCCUGUGUGCUCCUCCUGUGUGCCCCUCCUGUGUGCUCCUCCUGUGUGCUCCUCCUGUGUGCUCCUCCUGUGUCCUCCUCCUGUGUGCUCCUCCUGUGUGCCCCUCCUGUGUGCUCCUCCUGUGUGCUCCUCCUGUGUGCCCCUCCUGUGUGCCCCUCCUCUCUCCUCCUCCUGUGUGCUCCUCCUGUGUGCCCCUCCUCUCUCCUCCUCCUGUGUGCUCCUCCUGUGUGCCCCUCCUCUCUCCUCCUCCUGUGUGCUCCUCCUGUGUGCCCCUCCUCUCUCCUCCUCCUGUGUGCUCCUCCUGUGUGCUCCUCCUGUGUGCCCCUCCUGUGUGCUUCCCCCUCUCUCCCUGUCCUCCUCCUGUGUCCUCCUCCUGUGUCCUCCUCCUGUGUCCUCCUCCUGUGUCCUCCUCCUGUGUGCUCCUCCUGUGUGCCCCUCCUGUGUGCCCCUCCUGUGUGCUCCUCCUGUGUGCUCCUCCUGUGUGCUCCUCCUGUGUGCUCCUCCUGUGUCCUCCUCCUGUGUGCUCCUCCUGUGUGCUCCCCCUUUGUGCUCCUCCUGUGUGCUCCUCCUGUGUCCUCCUCCUGUGUGCUCCUCCUGUGUGCCCCUCCUCUCUCCUCCUCCUGUGUGCUCCUCCUGUGUGCUCCUCCUGUGUGCCCCUCCUGUGUGCUCCUCCUGUGUGCCCCUCCUCUCUCCUCCUCCUGUGUGCUCCUCCUGUGUGCCCCUCCUCUCUCCUCCUCCUGUGUGCUCCUCCUCUCUCCUCCUCCUGUGUGCCCCUCCUCUCUCCUCCUCCUGUGUGCUCCUCCUCUCUCCUCCUCCUGUGUGCUCCUCCUCUCUCCUCCUCCUGUGUGCUCCUCCUCUCUCCUCCUCCUGUGUGCUCCUCCUCUCUCCUCCUCCUGUGUGCCCCUCCUCUCUCCUCCUCCUGUGUGCUCCUCCUCUCUCCUCCUCCUGUAGCACCAACCACUCCUUCAGACACCAUCAACCACACCAUCAUACACCAUCAACCACUCCAUCAGACCAACCACACCAUCAGACCAACCACUCCUUCAGACACCAUCAACCACUCCAUCAUACACCAUCAACCACUCCAUCAGACACCAUCAACCACCAUCAACCACUCCAUCAGACACCAUCAACCACCAUCAACCACACCAUCAGACACCAUCAACCACCAUCAACCACACCAUCAGACACCAUCAACCACACCAUCAGACACCAUCAACCACACAAUCAGACACCAUCAACCACACCAUAAGACACCAUCAACCACACCAUCAGACACCAUCAACCACACAAUCAGACACCAUCAACCACACCAUAAAACACCAUCAACCACACCAUCAGACACCAUCAACCACACCAUAAGACACCAUCAACCACACCAUCAGACACCAUCAACCACACCAUCAUACACCAUUAACCACACCAUCAACCACACCAUCAGACACCAUCAACCACACCAUCAUACACCAUCAACCACACCAUCAUACACCAUCGCCCACACCAUCAUACACCAUCAACCACACCAUCAUACACCAUCAACCACACCAUCAUACACCAUCAACCACACCAUCAUACACCAUCGCCCACACCAUCAUACACCAUCAACCACACCAUCAUACACCAUCAACCACACCAUCAGACACCAUCAACCACACCAUCAUACACCAUCGCCCACACCAUCAUACACCAUCAACCACACCAUCAUACACCAUCAACCACACCAUCAGACACCAUCAACCACACCAUCAGACACCAUCACAGACGUCACACUGUGGUGA